AUGGAAACUCUACUCCUCCUUCCUGAUGGCCAGAGAAUGAUGCCAGAAAUAUUUGGUGAGGGCGGCACCUUUGAAAGAGGCAAGACAUUUGGCCCACUUCAUGUCAACUAUGGAAAGGAAGUGAUUCGAAAGGGUGAAAGAAUGGUUGUUUGCACCGGAUCGAGCCAAAGCACGGAGACGAAUUCUGAGCCAGACUUUCUUUAUAUCGAUGGAAACGCCGUGGCAUUGAACCUAUACGUACCUGAGGGCUUUGCAUCGGUGCUUACCGUUAAACCAAGGAAUUUCUAUCUAGCAAUUUGGUCUAUGGAUGAUCCACCCAUUUGCGUUGCCGUAUUCAAGAUUAAAUAUGACGAACCCAGCAGUCAGACUUCUACAGAAUACCUUCGUUCUAGAUUGACUUAUAACGUUACCCAGGAUGAAGGUCGUUCUCGAGAUGACGAGAAGAAGGGUCAAAUGGCUACUCACAAGGUCGCUCCCGGUCAAGAAAAAAUUGCACUGGUGCCUUACCCUACCGGCGGGCAUAUUGACGGCCAUACUCAAGAUACUUGGCAUGGCAACAUCUUCAAUCGAGCUGAGGGAUGCUACGUAUUUGUCCACAACGAUAAGACCCAGAUCUUCGAAAUAUGUCUAUCGCAGGAGAUGGUAGCCGAUCUCGAAAUCGAGAAGAAUCCAAAGGAAGAGCUACAACACGAUAUGGCGAAUGCUGGUACUGCGUUCAGAUGGUAG